UCCGUCAAUAUGGCGGACGCCCAUCACGCGCAGUGUUAAAUGUCCAGUCUAAUUGUGUUAUAUUCCUGUAGCACGUUUCAAAUAAUCACUGUUUGUAUAAAUCGUUUUCCUUUUAUAUAGUGAGCGAUAUGGGGAAAAAGGAGAAGGGUGACCGAGAGAGAAAGUCAAAGAAACGCUAUUACGAGGAUGAUGACGAGGAUGAGUCAGUCCCUGACACCGAUUCACAGGAGGCCGUACCCUCGGCAGCCGGCAAGCAGGUCGAUGAAUCCAGCACCAAAGUUGAUGAAUAUGGAGCUAAAGAUUACAGACUACAGAUGCAGUUGAAGACGGACAAUUCAUCUCGGCCUCUGUGGGUGGCUCCUGAUGGUCAUAUCUUCCUGGAGGCAUUCUCACCGGUCUAUAAGUACGCCCAGGACUUUCUGGUGGCCAUCGCCGAGCCAGUGUGCCGGCCCAUCCAUGUGCACGAGUACAAACUGACCGCGUACUCGCUCUAUGCUGCUGUGAGCGUUGGCCUGCAGACCUCGGACAUCAUCGAGUACCUGCAGAAGCUCAGCAAGACGUCUGUCCCUGAUGGCAUCGUCCAGUUCAUAAAGUUGUGCACAGUGAGCUACGGGAAAGUCAAGCUGGUCCUAAAGCACAACAGGUAUUUUGUGGAAAGCGCUUUCCCGGACGUGAUCCAGCGACUGCUGCAGGACCCUGUGAUCCGAGACUGUCGUCUCCGCACUGGCGAUGGAGAGGAGCCUGAACUGAUCACGGAGGUCAUCUCCAACAAACCUGCAAUCGCGAAGACGCAGCAGGAUAACGGCGGUGCGUCCACGUCACAGUCAGCGGAUGGACAGCAAGGUAGUUCCCAGGUCCCUGAGGACAUCUUCAGCUAUUAUGAACAGAUGGACAAAGAGGAGGAGGAAGAGGAAGAGACGCAGACCGUCUCAUUCGAGAUCCGCCAGGAGAUGAUCGAGGAGCUGCAGAAGCGCUGUAUCCAACUGGAGUACCCUCUGUUAGCCGAGUACGACUUCCGCAACGACACGGUCAACCCCGACAUCAACAUGGACCUGAAGCCCACCGCCGUGCUUAGACCGUACCAGGAAAAGAGCCUGCGCAAGAUGUUCGGCAACGGACGAGCGCGCUCCGGCGUCAUUGUCCUGCCAUGCGGAGCCGGAAAGUCUCUUGUAGGAGUCACGGCAGCCUGCACCGUACGUAAACGCUGCCUGGUGUUGGGGAACUCAUCCGUGUCGGUGGAGCAGUGGAAGUCCCAGUUUAAGAUGUGGUCGACCAUCGACGACUCGCAGAUAUGCCGCUUCACAUCAGACGCCAAGGACAAGCCCAUCGGCUGCUCGGUGGCCAUCAGCACGUACUCCAUGUUGGGCCACACCACCAAGCGCUCCUGGGAGGCCGAGCGAGUCAUGGACUGGAUGCGCAGUCAGGAGUGGGGGCUCAUCAUCCUUGACGAGGUCCACACAAUCCCAGCAAGAAUGUUCAGGCGCGUCCUGACCAUAGUCCAGGCCCACUGCAAGCUGGGUUUGACUGCGACGCUGGUGCGAGAGGACGAUAAGAUCGUUGAUCUCAACUUCCUCAUUGGGCCCAAACUGUUUGAAGCCAAUUGGAUGGAGCUGCAGAACAACGGCUACAUUGCAAAAGUACAGUGUGCUGAGGUGUGGUGUCCAAUGUCCCCAGAGUUUUAUCACGAAUACGUGGCUAUUAAGACGAAGAAGCGCAUCCUGCUUUAUACCAUGAACCCCAACAAGUUCCGCGCCUGCCAGUUCCUCAUCCGCUUCCAUGAGAGACGCAACGACAAGAUCAUCGUCUUCGCCGACAACGUCUUCGCGCUUAAGGAAUACGCCAUCCGCCUCAACAAGCCGUACAUUUAUGGGCCCACAUCACAAGGGGAGCGAAUGCAGAUCCUCCAGAAUUUCAAGCACAACCCAAAGAUCAACACCAUUUUUAUCUCCAAGGUAGGAGACACGUCUUUCGAUCUGCCUGAGGCAAACGUCUUGAUUCAGAUCUCAUCUCACGGAGGCUCUCGUCGUCAAGAGGCUCAGCGACUAGGCAGAGUGCUGCGUGCCAAGAAAGGAAUGGUUGCUGAGGAAUACAAUGCCUAUUUCUACUCAUUAGUGUCUCAGGACACACAGGAAAUGGCGUAUUCUACGAAGAGACAGCGGUUCCUGGUGGACCAGGGUUACAGUUUUAAGGUGAUCACUAAGUUGGCAGGAAUGGAGGAAGAGGACUUGAUGUUCUCUACACGAGAGGAACAGCAGCAGCUUCUACAGAAAGUCCUGGCAGCGACCGACCUGGACGCAGAGGAAGAGGUGGUAACCGGAGAGUUCGGAGGGAAAUCUCAGUUUUCUCGUCGAACCGGCACCAUGAGCUCCAUGUCAGGAGCAGACGACGCCAUCUACAUGGAGUAUCACACGUCACGUGGCAGCAAGGGGGCAGUCGGCAAGAACAUCCACCCUCUCUUUAAACGCUUCAGAAAGUGAGCGUGGACAAGAACGGCAAUUCUGAUACUUACACUUGCGACUUUCCUAAAAGUCUCAAACCUAAGGUCAAGACCCCCUCGUACCCCCCUCCCUCUAAAAUACAAGGUGUUGGAAAAUGUUUAGAAAAGAGAGUGGGUGUAGAGACUAUAAUGAAGUGUUGUCUUAACAUGGAUUAAAGCACUACUUAAAAAAAAAAAAACUAAAAUAAAAUAAAAUGGAAGAAACUGUGAUGCACACGAGUUUAUCCAAAAUGUUUUCAUUUAAUGACCCAUUAAAAUCGUUUUUUAGUGUGCACAUAAGAAAUGGUUACACACUAAACCUGUGUAAUCCCUCACCAUGACCUGAUGUGUAUAAUCGGGUCCAUACUGCUGUGUUUUUGCUUUUUGUAUCUUAUGUUUUGUUUUGUAUGAAAUGCAAUGUCUUUUUGCAUUAUGUUUGAUAAAAAAGUUGAAUAAAUCAU